AUGGCUGUCGUCGACGACCAAUCCGUCAUCCACAAGGAUUGCCUCUUCGACGAAACCCACGACCUCCGCCUCCGCCUCUACAAACCCACGACCUCGCCGCCGCCUCCCGGCCGCGAGAAGUUGCCCGUCCUUUUCUACUUUCACGGCGGCGGAUUCGUGGUUGGUUCCCGCGAGUGGCCCAACUGCCACAACACCUGCCAGCGCCUCGCUUCGGGGCUCCAGGCGGUAGUGGUGGCACCCGACUACCGGCUGGCGCCCGAGCACCGGCUCCCUGCCGCCGUGGAUGACGGGGUCGCUGCCGUGAAAUGGCUGCAGUCCAAGGCCGUGGAGGAAGGGGAGGAAUGGUUGAGCAGCGUUGACUUGGACCGUGUUUACGUGCUGGGCGACUCGUCCGGAGGGAACAUGGCGCACCAUCUGGCGGUUGGGCUCGGAGCGGGGUCCACGGGUUUCGACCCGGUUCGGGUACGAGGUUAUAUACUAUUGGCGCCCUUUUUCGGUGGGAUAGUCAGGACCGAGUCAGAGGAAGGGCCCGCUGAGAAAUUUGUGCAUGAUAUGAUACCUGUUAGAUUUUGGAGGCUGAGUUUGCCGAUUGGAGAGAACAGAGACCAUCCUUUGGCGAACCCAUUUGGGCCUGGCAGCCCAGACCUAGAGCAGAAACAAAUGGAUCCUAUGUUAGUGAUAGUUGGAGGCUGUGAAUUGUUGAGAGAUCGGGUCCACGACUACGCUACGAGGCUGAAACAGAUGGGCAAGAAAGUUGAGUACAUGGAAAUUGAAGGACAAGAACAUGGUUUCUUCACAAACCAACCAUACUCUGAAUCUUCUCAUGAUUUUAUUGGACUUGUCAGGGGAUUCAUGUCUCAGAAUUCUACGGAUGAUCAACAAGUAUAA